AUGAAUGUGCUAAAGAAAAAACUGAAAGAGCUUGUUUACUCGUUUAGUACCGAUGACCAUUACGCGGAAUAUAAUGCCAACGACGGUGGUAGAUCCUUCAAUAUGCGUCGUAGGGCGAAUCAGGGAGCUGGAGUGAGCGGCUCGCGGGUGCAUCUCAAUGGCGGAGACGAAUUGGGAGACGAAGAGAUGAAUCUGGGGGCUGUCGAGGAAGAGGAGGAUGAAAUCAACAUUGACGAGUUCGGCAACAUGGACAAGGAGGGCGUUUCUGAAGCGCUACUAGCGUGGAGACAUAUUGAUUCUUGGACUUCGAAACACAACCCGGACCUGAACGCGACUUUGGGGGACCCCUGCACUCACAACGAUAUUACGCACGCGGAGGAGGACCUUGCGGUCACGCUACCGGCGGCGGUGAGAGUGUCGUUGAGGGUCCACGACGGUCAGGAAGACCUGGAGUCGAUGACAGGUGUCUCCGGGCUGAUCUACGGGCUGCAGCUGAUGACCCUGGACCAGAUUGUCGAAAUGACAGAGAAAUGGAGAAGCGUCGCCAAGAACUUGGACAGAGUUUCCAAAGCGGACCGGGAAACAACGGUGUCGUCCUCGAGCCAGUCUGCCGAGGCUACGAAGAGGAAACAGUUCAAGUUACCACACAUCCCACGACAAGACUCGAUCCCAAAGAACUCGAUACAGCCGGUAUAUGCGCAUCCAGCGUGGAUUCCAUUACUGACAGACAACGCUGGGAAUCACGUGGGAGUGGAUCUGGCUCCAGCUAGUGAAGGCAAGUAUGCUCAAGUGAUUAUCUUUGGCAGAGAUUUCGACACCAAGUUCGUCGUGGCCGCUAACUGGGGUGAUUUCCUUCUGGAUUUUGCGAACGAUCUCGAGGCCGGAAAUUGGUACCUGGUCGACGAUAACGAUGAUUUUCUCUCCGGUGACGGUGAACUGGUCUUUAGAGACAAGAAAUCGAAUGGUCCUGUUCAGGAUUACUUGGAAGUGUUGAAGAAGAGGGCUUGGACUAAGUACCAGGAAUCGGCAAAAUCGCGCGAUACCCAGCAGACCGCUGUGGAACCAGAAAAUGCUAAAGACGCUACACAGAUCGGUACGGUAGCGCUAACGGAUGGGGUCUCGGCACAUGAAGGUGCAGUGCAAGAAGUACAAGUACAUCCUGCUGUAAAAGAGGUGCCGGAAGCUGGAAAAGACGUGAACGACCGAGAGCCUACGUCUCUAGCUACUGAGAAAACAGGGUCUGAGACUCACAAGACUGAAGAAACCGAAGCCGUAGCUUCAUCUGCCCAAUCUCAGGCCAACGAGGAGAGUAGUAAAGCUAGGGGAGUUUCAGAUGAAGGCAACUCAAAAGAAAGCACCGACUUAAAAAAUGAACAAGUUAAAAACGACAGCGAGGAAAACGGCGAUGCGCAAGAUUCCAACGUCGAGACCCUAAAGGACGAGUUUAAGAACAUUGAUCUAUAG